UUUGAGUCAACCUGCAGGGUCAAAAGUGAACCAGAGGAAGAGCUGAUCUUACACUGUGGAGACGGAAAAUAUGAAGGUGUGGUCCAAUUCUGGCACACCCCAUUUGGUGACCUCCAGAGUUCCUCUUCAAAGUCUAAGCUGGACGCAGCGUUUAUUCACCUCGAUGGGCAUCUUGUGAUCCCAAACUCCAGCAUCCAUCACAGUGGACUGUACUACUGCAUCCUGCUUCACCUGGAUGGAUCCACACUGUGGCCCUAUGAGCUGCAUGUAGGUCUGAGCCACCAAAACGUAGCGGAUGAGGAUGAGCGCGGCAACGGUUGUUCUGCACACAGGUUCAGGAGGAACGCAGGUUUCCCAGAGAAGAAUGCAGCUGUGGUUUCAGGUGAGACUUUUGCCGGAGCGGUGGCGGCAUCGGUGCUGCUGACGUUUUUGGUGGGAUUCAGCGCUGGAGCUCUGCUACGGUCUCGUGUUCUCAGAUGCUUACAGGCACUCAGGGUCAGGAUGUCACGAAAGAAGCGACAACAGCAGCCUGAUGUGCCAGACAGUUCCCGGGUCACCAUGACAACCCUGCCUCCCAUGUAUAAUAGCCAUGCCUUUAGGACUGAAACAAGGCAGCAUAAUGCUCCGCCGUCCAGAACCACAGAGACACCAGUUUUCCUUACAACACCAUCUCCACCUGCCAAACCUAAGAGAAGCUUCCGGAACAGAGAUGAGGAGAAACAGAAAGGAGCUGCAUACUUGGAAGGAUGUGAUUACAACCAGGAGGAGGAAGGCUGUGAGGAUGAAGAAAAUGAGGGGGGAGAGUCUGCUAAACCUUCUUUCCAUGUGCAAGAUGAAGGGAGUCGUAGUGAAACAGAGGAAGACAAAAGUGAAGACCUAGAGGAGGCUGGAGCAGCAAGCAGGGUCUCAAGAAUGGGGAAGAAAGGUGGAGCAGGGGAGCUGAGCAGAAGAGAGGAGAUGAGCGGAGAGGCGGAUGGAGGACAACAAACGGAUGAGGAGAUUGCCCAGUCGCCCACGGAAACGGAUGAUGAGAAGAGCAACAAAAGCGAGAACGACACAGCCGAAGAGGAGCCUUCAACGUCGUCUUCCCGCCGUCGUCGGAGCCGCGUUAUCCGUUUAUACCAGUAUGACGAUGACGGCCAGAGAUACGGCCACCUCCCAGAUCCUGCCCCCCAGGCUCCAGAACCUGCCCCCAGGCUCAAACAUCGCUCCCUUUCUCUAACGCGCCUGAACGCCAUCAUGGCAGUAGCCUCCACAGGGCCGAUGGAGUCGGGGAAGGAGCAAGGCGAGGAGAAGCAGGGCUUCCACAUGAAGAUUUAAGAAAACCAUUCAGACUGGAGGCUGUUCGUGGAGAGGAAAAAGACCUCAGAGACAAACACAAAGUCUGCUGUCUGAGAAACUGCCAAUGGUCAAAUCAUUUUAAAGAUGUCUGCCAAGUUAAAAAAAGCAAUAAACUCAGGGUGUCACCGGCCUCUCACAGCUGGAGAGAGGGACUAUGCCCCCAUUAGAGUAUAUAGGUUUAGACAGAAAUAAAAUAAAUGUCUUUAAUGUAAACUUAUGAAAUUAUUCUUUACUAAAGUGGUGAAAUCCUUAAACAUUUUGUUUCUUGUACUACAGUCUACUAUGAAUUAUAACAGUAACAAACAAGUUAAACAGGUAACAGUUCUUAGCUACUGAUUGUUCAAGGUGUACAAUAAUGGAGCUCCAGACCAAUCAUCCUGUUUACAGCAUUCUUAGCCCCGCCCACUGAGUGUUGACAUUAAAGCUGAGAGGUUAAUUAGAAUCCUCAUGAAUACACACUUCUGAAAAAUAAUUCAUUUUAAUAAUUCAUAGAAACAGUUUAUAUUGAAAUUAUCACAUUUAUAUUAUGAUUUUGUGGCCUUUGACUGCAACACUAUUGGAGGAUCGUCUGCUUUUAAUAAUUACACAUUAAAGUUGUCUAAAAAUGGAAGAUACAAUAACAAGUACUUAUUUAUCAGCAGAUUUUUAUUUAAUUUCAGAGGCAUGAACAUCCAGUGUAUUUACUGAAGAUAUUUUUGUGAACCUGUUUGGUAAAAUCUGUUAAAUUAAGGAGUUUUUAAAGGAAGAUCAACAAAAGUCCUGUUCUAAUGACUAAAAAUAAAUGAUGGGGUUUUCUUAAAAAAACACACAACUAAUGUGUUAUAAAUUAAAAUGUAAAAUUACUUAAUUUGCUAAAAAAAUCUACCUUUAUUCAAAUAUUUUUUUUGUUGAGCAGAUUUUAUGAAUUAAAGAAAAACGUUAAAAUGGUGGAGCUCUUAAUUAUACUUUCUAGCACUUUUGGACUCAUAGUUUGACACCGCCGCAUUAUAUAUAUUCCUUAGAGUCGCAUCUUAAUGGAUGAAAAGAUUAUAAACAUGAAUCAGAACCUUAGAUUUAGAAGCCUUUGGGACUGAAUGGAAAACCUGCAGAAAAAGCUAUAAAAUACAUGUCAGUUCUUUACACUUGUAUCUAAUCAAAGUAGAAUAUCAAUGGAAGUGCCAAUUUCGGUCUAGGAGUUUAUUCUUGUGUAAGUCUUUUAACAAGGUACAUAGGAAAUACUGCAUUAGCUCUGUCUUCAAUGAGUGCUUAAAAAGGCAUUUUCAGGUGAGAAAUAAAAUGCAACCAUAUUGAAGAGAUGUGUGCAUGUGUAAAUUAUAAAUUCAUGCAGUAGGGAUUUACUUUAGGUUUAUAGAAUAUAGUUAAUUGUUAGAAUGAGAACCUGAGAGAAAGGGGAGGCAGGGUUUAUCCUUGACUCAAAUAAUCUAUCCUUUCAAAACAUCUCAUUUUGCAUUGCAUUUCAGGAGAAAAAAAAAAAAAAAACCUCUGAGGAGAGGUUAAAUCGCACUUCCAUGAUCUUUUAACUGAUUACGAGUCUGCAGU